UCCAGCCUCGUCAGAUCGUUCCUGGGGACAUCUGAGCAGAUCAUGGACAUCUCACAAAUGUCUGAAGAGGAGCAGCUGCAAGCUGCAAUGCAGCUCUCACUGCAAGAAGUUGCACCUGCUGAGAGACUGCCGGAGGAACCGCGGUUGCGCCCUAGCAGGCCAAAGCCCCGCAGUUUCCCAAGCAAAGAUCCGCAGGAUGCGCUUCCAGAGCCCACUCGUGCAACUGCAAAGAAAAAACGGGGAGAACCACGAGGUGAAGCGGAAAUGGAUCAAAAAGCAGUUGAAGAUUUGCUACAGCUUCUCUUUGGAGACAGUCCUGAGGCCGUCGAUGUCGAAAGAUGGCUGAAGGUUGGAUUUACUUGGAGUCAACGGAGUGGCACUGAAUGGGGACUCUGGCAGAAGCAAGGAGGACCUUGUGGUGUCUAUGCGCCAGUGCAGGCCUUCAUAGUGAAGCACCUAUUGUUUGGCGGUGAGCCAAUACCUCGACGAAAGGAGCAUCCACUGGGAACUGGAGCAGAUGACGAGGACGAUCGUGGGGCUGUCCUGGCUCACGCGCUGGCGUCGAUUCUGUUCCAAUGUACUCCCAACUCCUCUUACACGAUUUGCCAGGUGCACUUCUCUGCUGAGGGCGAUAGCCAAGAAGCCCAGGCAGUGCAGCAGGCGGCACCUGCUGCUGUAGCUGCAGGCCAGGGCUCUAGUGUUCUAGCAGCUACCGUUCGGCAAGUUGCCCGCAUUGCAGAGGCCCGCCAAGUCCUAGAAGAAGGGGUCGACAGCUGGCUCGCUGGCCCCCUCGGUGUCUUGAGCUUUCUCUUUUCAGUGCUUGUGAGCCGAACGGUGGCAACUGUUACGGAAGAUAUGGAUGAUUCCAGUACGCCAUUGAUUGGGCGAUUUGGACAUUGCAGCCAGGAGCUGGUGAAUCUGAUGCUGAUUGGCGAGUCCACUUCGAACGUAUUUGAUGGCACUCGAUGGCUGGGCGAUGACCCUUCCAGCGGUUUCCUCGUGAGGGGAGUUGACAGCGAACGAGUUGGUGUUCCACAAGUUGGUCUAUUGAGUGAACUGGAGACUUACAGACUUCUCUCUGUUGGCAUGCUCUACAAGAACCCCGACUUUCCAAUCUGGGUCUUGGCGUCUCCUACUCACUACACCAUGAUUUUCUCCACCCAAAGAUCAGACUCCCAGCUGAGUGAGGAGGCCAAAUUGGAUCAGCAAGUGAAAAAGGUCUUCGUUGAGAACUCAAUUGACGAGGGCGGGCUCGCAAUGUCCACAAACUUGGGUAAAAUGCUCGAGGCUUUGGGCAUAGAGAGCAAAAAACUGCCAGAUGCUCAGCAGGACAUCGUGCGAGAGGAUGUCAUACUGUGGGAAGAUUUUCGGGUUUGGGUUGGCAGACAAUUCAAUGUUGUCGCUGCUGACAAAACGUCGGGCAAGAUCCAGCUAUUCCUUUACGAUGGUCAGGAUCCCCCUGGACCAACCCUGAAGUCUGUGCGGGUGGAGCUGAGCGACAUCGAUCCAGCCUUUGCUUGCGGCGGCUCAGAGGGUGAUGCUUUUGUUGCCACCCUCCAUACGCGCUGGCCAGAUGCCGCUGUACUGGUGGAAAAUCUUUGACAGGAGGACCGACUAGCCAACUCUGAGUGGGGCUUUCAGCACUGAUGUGCUGGGCAGUGCUUCAUUGAUCGAGUUGUAAAA